AUUUACAACCCUAAUAUAACAAAGGCGAAUGUGUCUGUGCAUGUGUUGGUAUUCCACUCUUUGAUCUAGCGAUAUCAGAUUUGAUACAAAUAUACGGUGGAAGAUAAGAUUAUAUAGGAUCUUGUGGAGAAACAGAUUUUUUAGCCGAUUCUGCACUUCAGCCUAAAAUGCCGUUAAGAUCUUUGCAAAAAGUUUCCCCAUUUCUGUAUUCUUCUAAAGGCUCUUUCAACCCACUUAGGAAAUUGUUAUCAUUAAAAGGCACAGACAAAUCGGAUGAUAAUCAAACUGCCCACACGUUUCCAUUCACUGAGAAGCAUGGAUCAAAGAAAAAACCUUCUACUGAUAAGAAAACGGGAAUUUUCGCAUCUCAAAAAACAUCUAUAGAAUCUACUACCCCAAAAAUGAUUAUAAAAUUUCUCACAACAAAGGAAACAAUUACAGAAUCUACCACAGAAGAGAUAACCAAAGCAACAGUUACUGAAUUUACCUCAGAGGAAACAACAAAAGGAACAACUACCGAAUCUACAACAGAGGAGACAACUACAGAAACAACUACCGAAUCUACAACAGAGGAGACAACUACAGAAACAACUACCGAAUCUACAACAGAGGAGACAACUACAGAAACAACUACCGAAUCUACAACAGAGGAGACAACUACAGAAACAACUACCGAAUCUACAACAGAGGAGACAACUACAGAAACAACUACCGAAUCUACAACAGAGGAGACAACUACAGAAACAACUACCGAAACUACAACCGAGAAGACAACUACAGAAACAACAACCGAAUCUACAACAGAGGAGGCAACAGCGAAAGCCUUAAAAAUUUCAGUAAUAAACAAAACUGCAACGAAAUUAUCAACAAAGUUACCAAAUGCGACAAAAUCAUGGCAGAAAUAUCUCUUCAAGUCCACACCUGCCACGACACAUUCGCAAGAUGAAAUACCUAACAUGUCAUCAAGUUUUGUGGUACAAGGCAAAGUGCAAUCAGACUUAAAGAACUCCCAAGAAACUUCUGCUACAAAACAGUCUUUUGGGGAUAAACAAUCAUCUUCAAAAGUUAACCCUGAGAGGUCUACGUUUUUCACUGACUCGCCAAUAAAGGAGCAAAAGCAUUCGAAAGAAUACAAUGAAACUAUUGUCACCAAAUCCAAUCUCCAUACUUCAUCAACUUAUUUGCCAACAACUACUCCAUCACCUGACAAUACGUCAGAGAACAUAAGUAUCGAUAUAGAUAUUGAUAUUAAUUUGCUUUCACCUCUUAAUACUACUUCUAAGAAUGUGGAAAAAUAUUCAUCCUCGACUACUGCAGAAAUCCCCCGAAAUAGAGAAAAGCAAUACGAAAAGAAGAGAGUCAUUGCUGGUGUUCUUUUAGUCAUUUUGGUGUCUGUAUCUGCCGCUUGCGCCGUUUUGCUCGUUCUCAUGCCUUCAAAAUAUGACAUCAGAUAUCGCAGGCACUCCCAGAUACCAGAUCAAGUCGCUCUAAUCCCUUCCAGAAAUAAAUACCGACCAAGAUUUUACGAUUCUUCUCUUUAUAUGGGGCACUGAGAUUUUCCCAAAAUGCUUUAUUAGGCGUUCAUUCCUGGUGAAAUGGAUUGCUUUGCAGGAGCCUCUUAAAUUCUCUUAUUACACAGUCUAAUUAAAUAUAAACAAAAGUGAAAAUUCGAAAGUGUUUAAUAUGUUGUGCAAAUCCAAACUACUCAUUAUACUUUUUCUCAUUUUUUUUUUUUUUUUCAU